AUGGCGGCUGCGACGCUCCGCUCUGUACUCCGCCGCAAUCGCCUCCUGACCUUGUUCGAAACCUGCCACCUUCGAGAUCGCCUCUUCUUCUCCUCCUCUGUCAACGCUGCCGCCGUCACCGUAGGCGGCACCAUAUCUCCAGAUCCCCACUUCAUGGUGGAAUACCUCGUGAAUUCCUGCGGGUUCUCGCCCUCCGAGGCAGCCAAGUUCUCUAAACCCCUUGCGCACCUCCGAUCCACCGAGAAACCCGACGCCGUUCUUAACUUCAUGAGAUCUCAGGGCUUCGAUGGCGCCGGUAUCAGGAAGGUGAUAUCUUGGAAACCCAAUUACCUAUGCUACAACGUGGAGAAGAACCUCGCCCCGAAGUUUCAGUUCUUACGCGAUUUGGGCCUAUCGGAGUCGGAUAUCGUCGAUGCCAUCCAGAAGAACCAUGGCAUCCUCCUCUUCAACGUUCAGCGUUCCAUCGUCCCCAGAUUGGAGAUGUGGGAAAGUCUCUUGGGAUCGAGAGAACUCGUUCUCAAGCAUCUCAAGAAGACCCGAUGGUUUUUCUUCUCCAGCGUUGAGAAGAAUUUGCAACCUAACCUAAAGUUCUUGAGGUACGAGUGCGGCAUUCCUGAAGAAAGGCUCUCUGUCGUCUUGAGAAGUCACCCACAAUUAAUCUCACAGAAACCAGAGUCUCUCCGAGGUUUGGUGGCGAGAGCCGAUGAGCUGGGGAUGCCACGGCAAUCUCGGAUGUUCAUGUGGACAGUUAAUAUUCUCCAGAGGGUAAGCAAAGAAAGGUUCGAGGCCAAGGUCGAGUUCAUGAGGAGGUUCGGGUGGUCGGAGUCGGAGUUUUCUUCUGCUGUCAGGAAAGCACCCACCUUCAUAGGCAUGUCCCUCGAUAUGUUGCGCAGAAAAGUGGAAUUUUUUAUCAAUGUGAUCGGUUACACCCCUUCCUUCAUCGCCGACAAAUCAUAUCUCUUGCUAUUUAGUCUGCCGAAGAGGGUAAUUCCUCGGUUUCGUGUCACAGAGAUGUUGAAAUCGAAGGGAUUGUGGACUGGACAAGGCAAGUUUACAUGCAUUCUCACAUUAUCAGAUACCAAAUUCAUUGAGAAGUUUGUUCUCCCUCACAAAGAAAAUGUUCCUGAGCUGCUUGAUAUUUUGAGAGUUGCGGGCGUGUGUAAAGGAAAAUGA